GGCUGUGUUUUCAAUGCACAAGGGGAGAUUUGGCUUGCAAUUCAUCACUUUGAAAAGGCUGUCACUCUUGACCCCAAUUUUCUGGAUGCUUAUAUCAACUUAGGAAAUGUCUUGAAAGAGGCACGGAUUUUUGACCGAGCUGUGGCAGCUUACCUUCGAGCCCUCAGCUUGAGUCCAAAUCACGCAGUGGUGCACGGCAACCUGGCUUGUGUAUACUAUGAGCAAGGCCUGAUAGAUCUGGCGAUAGACACCUACAGGCGAGCUAUUGAACUGCAACCACAUUUCCCUGACGCUUACUGCAACUUAGCCAAUGCUCUCAAAGAGAAGGGCAGUGUUGCUGAAGCAGAAGAUUGUUAUAAUACAGCUCUCCGGUUAUGUCCUACCCAUGCAGACUCUCUGAAUAACCUAGCCAAUAUCAAACGAGAACAGGGAAACAUUGAAGAGGCAGUUCGCUUAUAUCGUAAAGCAUUGGAAGUCUUCCCAGAGUUUGCUGCUGCCCAUUCGAAUUUAGCAAGUGUACUGCAGCAGCAGGGAAAGCUUCAGGAAGCUCUGAUGCACUAUAAGGAGGCUAUUCGAAUUAGUCCCACCUUUGCUGAUGCCUACUCUAACAUGGGAAACACUCUGAAGGAGAUGCAGGAUGUUCAGGGCGCCCUGCAGUGUUACACUCGUGCCAUUCAGAUUAACCCUGCAUUUGCAGAUGCGCACAGCAAUUUGGCUUCCAUUCAUAAGGAUUCAGGAAAUAUUCCAGAAGCAAUAGCUUCUUACCGAACUGCUCUGAAACUUAAGCCUGAUUUUCCUGAUGCUUAUUGUAACUUGGCUCAUUGCCUGCAGAUUGUCUGUGAUUGGACAGACUAUGAUGAGCGAAUGAAGAAGUUGGUCAGUAUUGUGGCUGACCAGCUAGAGAAGAAUAGGUUGCCUUCUGUGCAUCCUCAUCAUAGUAUGCUAUAUCCUCUUUCUCAUGGCUUCAGGAAGGCUAUUGCUGAGAGGCAUGGAAACCUCUGCUUGGAUAAGAUUAAUGUCCUUCAUAAACCACCAUAUGAACACCCAAAAGACUUGAAGCUUAGUGAUGGUCGACUGCGUGUAGGCUAUGUGAGUUCUGACUUUGGGAAUCAUCCUACUUCUCAUCUUAUGCAGUCUAUUCCAGGCAUGCACAAUCCGGACAAAUUUGAGGUAUUCUGUUACGCCCUAAGCCCAGAUGAUGGCACAAACUUCAGAGUGAAAGUUAUGGCAGAAGCCAAUCAUUUCAUCGAUCUUUCUCAGAUUCCCUGCAAUGGAAAAGCUGCUGAUCGCAUCCAUCAGGAUGGUAUACACAUCCUCGUAAAUAUGAAUGGUUAUACCAAGGGUGCUCGAAAUGAACUCUUUGCUCUCAGGCCUGCUCCUAUUCAGGUAAAGAAGUUCAUGAUAAUUGCUCACAAUGUUUAUUGAACUAAAAAGACAGUG